AAGGUUGGUGUGAUUCUUGAUAUGGGAUCAUGGGUAGAGAAGGUUGUUCAUAGCUGCAUUAUGAUGGCAAUUUCCGAUUUUUAUGCUGUAAAUAAUCACUAUAAAACAAGGGUUGUUCUUCAUACAAGGGAUUCCAAUGGGGAACCCCUGCUUGCUCUGUCUGCUGCUCUUGAUCUAAUAGAUAACAUCAAGGUGCAAGCAAUGAUCAUAGGCCCUGAGACCUCGCUUGAAGAGAAACUUUUGGCCUUUUUAGGAGACAAAGCUAAAGUUCCUAUCAUUUCUUUCAUGACCAGUCCUUGCUCCACCCAUAAUCCUUAUUUUGUUCAAAUAAAAUCAGAUGAAAUCACUGAAUUCAAAGGCAUUACAGACAUUAUAGGGUCAUUUGGAUGGAGGAAUGUCAUCCUUGUUCAUGAGGACACUGAUUGUGGGAGAGAAAUUCUCCCAUUUUUAGCUAAUACCUUUGAAGAGACUGGUUUGCAUAUUGCAUACAUGAGUUCCAUUUCUCCAUCAGCCACUAAUGAUCAAAUUAUUGAAGAGCUUCACAAGCUCAUGACUACGCAAACAACAGUAUAUAUAGUCCAUAUCUCACCUUCUCUUGCUUCUCGGCUUUUUCUAAAUGUGAAAAAGCUAGGAAUGAUGACUGAAGGGUAUGCUUGGAUUGUAACUGCUAAAACCAUGAACCUACUGCAUAGCAUGGACUCUUCUGCCAUAGAGUCAAUGCAAGGAGCUUUUGGUUCCAAGUCAUACAUUCUGGCGUCAGGCGAGCUCCACAAUUUCACUCUAAGAUGGAAAAGGAAAUUUCACAUUCAAGAUCCUAGUUUUGAAGUGGCAGAGUUGAAUAUAUUUGGUAUAUGGGCAUAUGAUGCAAUUUGGGCACUGGCAAGGGCAGUUGAGAGGGUAAAAAAUGGCAGUCUUAGUUCAAUGCUUCUAAAAGAGAUAUUACAGAGUAGAUUUGUGGGUUUAAGUGGUGAUUUUCGACUCAUGAAUGGGAGAUUGAUCUCCGAGGCCUUUGAAAUAGUGAAUGUGAUCAGCAGAAUUGAAAGGAGAGUUGGGUUUUGGACAUCAACAUAUGGAAUUACAAAGCAAAUGUACCCAUCCAACAGCGGUCUUGAAGCCAUUGUAUGGCCAGGCGGUUCUACAACCACUCCAAAAGGUUGGUUGGUGAGAAUGAGUGGGAAAAGGCUUAGAAUUGGUGUUCCGAGAACAGGGUUCAAGGAAUUGAUAAAUGUAAACCGCAAUCCUCAAACCAAUGCAACCACUGUCACUGGCCUUUGUGUAGAUGUAUUCAAUGCUGCCAUUGAAGCCUUACAAUAUGAACUGCCUCAUGAAUUUUUUCCAUUUGAGGAUGCCAAUGGACAGAUGGCAGGAACAUACAAUGAUCUUGUAGACCAGGUCUAUCUUCAGGUACAUUCUGUUUCAAAUGUAAUCAAAUAUCACACCAAAAAUGAUAUCUAG